UGCUGAGGCUCUAUCUUUCCACAUUUUUGUGAUUAGGAUAAGAUAAAGCUGAUUAAUGUGUCCAAUUGUAAACAUAUCUAAUUGGAAAUUUAGUUGUAUUAUAAUGGUGUCAAGAAAAAUUGUUUCCGUUUGAAAUGGUAUUUCUUGUUCUACUGCUAUGUGUUCCUCUGAGCUGGAGCCAGGAGGUAGUCCCAACUUUCCGAGUGGACUUACAACCACCUGAAGACUUGCAGAGACAGGCCGUAGUCGAAAGAAAUGUCAUCACCUCGUGGAUCACUAUGCCGGUAGAUCAUUUUGAUCCACAUAACUCGGAUACUUUUCAAAUGCGCUUCAUGUACAAUGAAGACUACUUCGGCGGUGACGGGUACCCAGUAUUCAUUAUGGUCGGCGGCGAAUGGAAUAUUGCCGAGGGCUGGCUCCGAGGCGGCAACAUGUUCCACAUGGCUGUAGAGAACCAGGGCUAUCAGAUAUACACUGAGCACAGAUAUUAUGGCGAAACCUUACCUUACACUAACUUCACCACCGAAAAUCUCCGUUUCCUCAACGUGGACCAGGCUCUCGCGGACCUCGCUUACUUCAUCAAGGAGUUGAAGAAGCAGCCGCGUUUUGCCAACAGCAAGAUAAUUCUGUACGGCGGUUCUUACGCCGGCAACAUGGUGCUAUGGUUCAAGCAGAGGUACCCGCAUUUGGUGGUAGGGGGAGUGGCCUCCAGCGCGCCUAUCUUAGCAGAAAUCGAUUUCACUGGUUAUUUAGAGGUGGUUCACGACGCCUUCCUCUCGGAAGGUGGCGAGCAAUGCAUCGCGACGAUCACACAAGGAAUACAGGACACAGUUGCUGCGAUGGAAACGGAGGCAGGCAGGCGGUCCCUCGAAGCUGCUUACAGAUUAUGUGCGCCUCUUGAUUACGAUGAUAAGUUCACGCUUGGCUACUUCUCUGGUCUAAUUACAUGGCGAUUCUCCGGAGUGACCCAGACAGCUGCGCCUGGCAGAAUAAUAAAUAUUUGCAACAACUUCGCUACAAAUGUUUAUGGAGAAACACCAAUGCAAAAAAUUGGUGGAUUUAUAGCAGCUGAAGCUGGACUGCUCACUUGCUGGUCUAUGACUUUCCAGAUGUUAAUAUUGACGUACUCCUUGAACAACAAUAACCGUGCUUGGUACUACCAGACUUGCACGGAGUACGGGUACUUCCAAAACGCACCCAGUUCGGGAACUGUUUUCGACGCUCUCAAGUGGCUAGACGUGGAAUUUUACGCCGAAGUUUGUAAGGUGGCUUUCCAUCCAAGAUUCGACGAAGCAUUCCUCUUUGAUGCUGCAAAACGCGUGAAUACAAUGUUUGGCGGACUGCACCCCGACGUCAACAAUACUAUAAACAUUCACGGGACCAUCGACCCUUGGCACGUGUUGGGCGUCCAUGACAGGGAUUUAAAGGAGUCCUCCCCUACAUUCACAGUUCCUAGGGCAUCGCAUUGUUUCGAUAUGCAAAAUUGGCUGACCACAGACACCAUCCAAAUGACGCAAGUGAAGCAAAAUACGAGAAGAUUAGUAGCACGAUGGCUAUCUGACUAGAACAAUUUCAGUUUUAAUAAAUAUAUGAAUGAAUCUUUAUAGCA